AGGAGUCUCUUCUGACAUCAAAAUACAUGACGAAUUCCAUCGGUUGACACACUGCUUUUCAUUGGGUUACUGAAUACAUAACUUGUUGUAUAAUCGUGAACAUCUCUUUCUCAUAGUAGUCUUUAAUCAGUGUCCUGGAAAAUAUUUGAUCUACAAAGCAUAAAUUGAAGGAAAAUUAAGGAUGAAGGGAGUAACAGUAAUUCUUCUGACUGCAGUCCUUGCGUUGGGACGAUGUGAGCACCACGAACAUACACUAGAGAAUGUGGCCUUGAAAGGAAAGGCUGUUCAAUCUUCAACAUAUGGCAGUGCUUAUGCUAGGAGGGCUAUUGAUGGAAACCGCGAUGGUGACUACUAUCAUGGAUCCUGUAGCCAUACUGAGGGUGAAACUAACCCCUGGUGGAGAGUGGACCUACUGGGUGUGCACAGAGUAUCCUCAGUGAUCAUCUCUAACAGAGGGGACGGCUUCUCUGAGCGACUCAAUGAUGCUGAGAUUCACAUUGGGAACUCCCUGGAGAACAAUGGCAAUGACAACCCAACGUGUGCUGUGAUCUCAACCAUUCCACCAUGGGAACCCGUCAGUUUUAAUUGCAGUGGGAUGGUAGGUCGCUACAUCAACGUUCUUCUCCGAGGAUACACCCAAUUCCUGACUCUGUGUGAAGUGGAAGUCUAUGCGAGUCCUGCAGAAGACAUCGGAAUAGCUUCCACCUUGGGACCCAGUAUAACACAAAAAGGGAAUGUUGCUUUGCGGAAAAAGGCGCGUCAGUCAUCAUCCAUCUCUCGGGGCCAGGCUAGCAAGGCCGUUGAUGGAAAACGCAACACUUGGUUCCAAAUGGGAUCUUGCACUCAGACCCGCACUGAAGCUGACCCCUGGUGGAGAGUGGACCUGGAGAAAGCCUAUAAUGUCACCUCUGUAACCAUCACCAGCAGAGAUGACUGCUGCGCAGAGAUGAUUGAUGGAGCUGAGCUCCGAAUUGGAGAUUCCUUGGAAAACAACGGCAACAACAAUCCAAUAUGUACUGUGAUUUCCUCUUUUCCUGCAUGGGAGACCUUGACCUUUCAGUGUCAUGGGAUGAUGGGACGUUACGUCAACAUCUUCCUCCCUGGCUGCGAUAAAUACCUGACUCUGUGUGAAGUGGAAGUCCAUGCAGAACCUGAUCCUGUCUCCCUGCCAGAAGUCAAGACAGACUCUCCACCAUUGGUUACUGAACCAGACUCAUCAGAAGAAUUUGAAGAAAUCCUGUCAUUCGCCUUUGACUUCAUGCAAUCCAUUCAACAAUUAUUUGGCACAAUAUCAUUCGCUGAAGAGGAUGAAGUCACACGAGACAGACAAUGUACUGUGAGUAGGACAGUUCAAGAGAACCUUGCUACUGGUGGCCAAACUACCCAAUCAACGGGGUGGGACGAUUCUGGUUAUGCAACCAAUGCCAUCGACAGGAAUCGCCAAGGAUUGUGCACCCACACAAAAGCUGAAACAAACCCCUGGUGGAGAGUGGAUCUGCUGAAAUCGUACAACAUUACUUCUGUGGCCGUUUCUAACCGAGAGGACUGCUGUUCUGAGAGGAUCAAUGGAGCUGAGAUUCACGUCGGAGACUCACUGGAAAACAAUGGCAAUGAUAAUCCAGUGUGUGCUGUGAUUCCCUACAUCCCAUCAGGGCAAACCAGAACCUAUCAGUGCAAUGGGAUGGUGGGACGCUACGUCAGCAUUCUUCUCCCUGGGAAAUCAAAAUACCUGACUCUGUGUGAGGUGGAGGUGAACGGCAAUGCGAUUGGUAAUGAAUGAGCAGGUUUGUCUCACUGGUGCCUGGGCAAGAAACCCUCGAGACUGCUCUGUCGUAACCAACACACUGGAGAACUGUUCAGAUAAUGAAGAACUGUUUCUGGGAGAGCUGUCUCUCCAUGGCUUCCAAUAAAAUUUUGCAACAUAUGAA